CGACUAGUGCUUUUCCGGGAAACGAACGGACAUAUCUUUAAAUAUGCAGCUGAUGGUUUUCGGGAGGAUGUGGACGCGCAGGCGUGUUGCGGUGUGGGUGGAUUUUGGGGCCCCGCGUGAACAGGGCGGCGUUUCUAUGAUGAGGAGGUCUUUGAUACGCCACAUGGACCAGGACACAUCGCACCUUCUGCGUUUGCUGUGAUCGCAUUUUUUCGGAUGAUACGUUGUAACAGCCAGCUACAUCUCUCCCAAAUCGGUCGUAGUCGCGUUUUGCAGUUGUGUUUAUGUAUUUAAGGUCUCUCGGCGCUGAUCAAGGGUCUCUUUGAAGCUUUUAUGUAAUGAUCCGCUCUAGCAAGGAAUAUUCUGGACUCUUGUCUUAGCUGAGAACCAGUUUCCAAUCAAGGCGUCACCUUUGGAAAUGCUUCUUCCUCCGUUGGAUACAACUUGCCCUGACGAUCAUUUGUGAAUAAUAGCCUACUUCGCAUCAUAUUGUCUGUAGAUCUAUCCCGCAGGGGUCUUUCACAUAAAGGAUGGGGAUCUGAUUAAACAGCAGAGGCUGCCCACCUCCUCGAUCAUUUCAUCAUUCGUUCACCGAAUACAGAUUUGACGUUAAUGUUUCGCCAGGAGGUUGGCGUCCUGUCUUUUAUUCCGACUUGUUCGUACCUCUUCCAAUACGAACAGAGGAACAUGUCUCGGUAUAAUAUCUACAGUCUGCUGGACUGGAUGUAUGGAGGGGUGGACCCCAUGUUUGAGGGCAAUGGAGGGCCUGAGUGCGCAGCCUUCCUCUCUCCCCGGCAGAGAAUAUUUGAGACUCUGAUCAUUGUGUUCAUUUCUAUCCUGGAAGUGGUGGUGGCUAUCAAAAAGAUCAAUGUCCCUAAAGAGGUCAGAGAUGUGCGGAAAGAUGGCAGGAGGAGUAAGGAAGACACCUGGGGCAAGAACCUGUUGCUUGUGGCUCUGUGCAUGACUUUUGGAGUUGAGGUUGGGUUUAAGUUUGCCACAAAGACUGUGAUCUACCUCCUCAAUCCAUGUCAUGUGGUCACAAUGGUGCAAAUCUUCCUGCUUGCAUGUCCCCCCUGUAAAACCGCCAUGGUUAUUUUUAGGCUUCAGGUCCAUAUGCUGAAUGGAGCCCUUCUAGCGCUUCUCUUCCCAGUAGUCAACACUCGACUGCUUCCAUUUGAGAAGGAGAUCUAUUAUAUUCAGCACUCCAUGCUGUAUCUUGUGCCAGUCUACCUCUUCAGAAAAGGAGUUGACAGAAGUGAAUUUGAAUAACAUGCUGUGUCCUGCUGUCUCUGACCCCUUCUAUGGACCAUGGUACCGAGUGUGGGCAACGGGCCACCAGACUGCCCUGACAUUACUGCACGGCAAGGCUCUGACCAUCCUCUCGCAGCACACCGCUCCCACAUGCCGGUAUUUAUUGGAUAUAGCACAUCUACGCAACAAGAAGUUGGACUAGUGUUUUUAUCAGCAGACUUACAUGGACAAAACCUGAACUGGAACUUGUCCAGCUUCCUAGAAAAAAAGUGUAAUACAUUAUAUAUAUACUUUUUUUUCUUCUUUUUGUUGUUUGGUCCAAACCUGGUUUCUCAAAGCUGGAUCAUUAGAUCGAAAGACUGUUUUAACACCAUAGGAGCAGGACUCAAGCAACAUAAACCUUGUCUUGUUCUUUUUAGUUUUAAAGUUUAGCAAAAUGAAGAUUCAUUGAACUCAGAAUUUUUAAUAGAUUUUCUCAAAAUGACAUUCUGUUAAUAUUGUAGACCUGUUGUGGAAAGCAUAAAUGUAGUGGUACUGUGUCUAGGAGAUUUUCCAGAGUCUAUUUCCAGCCCCCAAGCAGUCUCUUUCAAACUGGUAUGUAAAUAGUGACUACAUUUUAAGCUGAAGCUAUUAGCUGUGGUCACGUCCACUAAACAUUUCUGUUGGCUUAAAGUGAUUCCAUUUGCUGUUUGAUCAAGUUCACACACUCUACUGAUCAUAUUAUCCAUGGGAAAUGAUAGUAUUUUUUGUAUGUUCACAUGUAUACACAAAAAAGUCCAAUAUGUAGUCAAAUGAAGGAAAAAUACGUUCCAUCACCAACCACAUUAGGGGCUCUUUUGUCUAGUCCCAAAACUGCUCUGAUCAAGUGUUUUCCCAGCUGUUUGCAUGCCAAGCCCAGAAACUAAGAUUUGCUGAACAGUUUGUGGCUGUUGCAGUCAUGCAAGAAAUGCCAAUUUGAGCGGUCUAGUGAAUUAUGGGAUCACUCUCAUUUCAAUGUAUGUAACUUGACUGAAAGGGAAACCUGUCUGUCUUGGUGUCAUUUUUGUACAUAUGUUUUUAUCGAUAUUAAAGGUCUUCUCCAACAUGUCAUUGAUGAAGACUGUCUUGGUUUCACAAGGUGUCACAAAAAAAACUUGACUGAAAGGGAAACCUGUCUGUCUUGGUGUCAUUUUUGUACAUGUUUUUAUCGAUAUUAAAGGUCUUCUCCAACAUGUCAUUGAUGAAGACUGUCUUGGUUUCACAAGGUGUCACAAAAAAAAAAUUGUCUGUGAAGCAUAAAGACACCUAAUGCCUUCUUUCAGAAUUAAUUUUUAUUGGAUAAAUGAUUUAAAAGGUAAUAACAAUAAUGUUUUAAAACUACAUUAUCAUUGCCACAGCCAUAGCUCACAUACCCACAUAUAACCCAUCUAUCCCCCCACCCCCAACACUUUUUUUUUGGUUUGUAAUUUUUGUCUUUUUUUUUUGAGCCAUACUACCAUAUUCAUAAUAAAUGCCCAUUUCAAGUCUCAUCACACUAACAGCAAUUCAGUGGGGUUAAAUGAUCUAGUUCUACAGGGGAGUUGUUUUUCUAUAUAUAUAUAUAUAAUUUUUUUUGUUUUUUUACCAAGUCGUUACUUUAACUAUUUCAAGUUCUUAAAGGAAGAAAGAAUCCAAAAUCAAAAUAGAAACAAAAAGUGGUGGGCAUAUGGGGCUACACCAGGCAACCCCGUUGCCUGCAAUGACAACACUGCAAGCUGUCAGUCAUUGAAGGGCAUGUUCAAAACUCAUCUUCUCAAAGUUCCAGAACAUAGAAAACCACUAAAAUAAUUUAGAAACUAGGUCCAAAAUAUUAUUUUGUU